AGCCCAACGGGCGUGGCGGGGCGGAGCGUGGUGUGGCACAGCCUCACCUGAGCGGAGCGUGCUCCCCCGCGGCAGCCAUGGAUGUGGGGGCGGCGGACUUCGCGCGCUGCCUGCCCUGCCUGCAGGACCGCGUCGGCCGCGCCGCCUUCCUGGGCUUGGACAUGGAGUUUACCGGCCUACAUUCAGCUUUCCCACAAAAUAACCAGCCCAGCUUGUUUGACUCCCCAGCUGAGCGGUACCAGAAGGUCAGGCAGAGUGUGCAGCGCUUCACCAUCACGCAGCUGGGGCUAGCAAUAUUCUCAGAAGAAAAUUCAAACAAGUAUGUGGUGCAUUCGUACAAUUUCUUUCUCUUUCCCUCAACUUUGGGAGUUACGGAUGCUGAACUCACCCUCUCCACAUCUAGCAUCCAAUUCCUGUCUCACUAUGGCUUUGACUACAAUAAGUUCCUGAAAGAUGGAAUCCCAUACAUGAAUGAGUUACAGGAGAAUAUCCUUAGUCAACGUCUCUUAGAGGGUAACUGGAAAGUCUGCAGUGCUCUGAACCUGAAUGUGGUGAAGAAGGCUAUUGAUGAAGUGACCUGUUGGAUAGCAGCAGCCAAGGAAGGGGACACAGUGAUUCUGCAGGAUCUGAGCGAUUCUCAGAUGCUUGAUGUUCAACUGGUUCUGCGACAAGCCCUCCCAAACGUUUGGACACAGCCUCUUGGAGACAAUGAGGUAAUGGUGAAAAAAGUGAGUCUGCAGCAUCGUCGCCUUCUGGAAAGCUCUUCUCACGACUCCUGUCAGAAAGAGCUCAUUCUCACAUCUGCCCGGGGCUUUACCAACCUUUUCCAGAUAAUUGUUAGAGCUAAAAAGCCCCUGGUGGGACACAACAUGCUGAUGGACCUCUGUCAUCUCCAUGACAAGUUCUACAACCCCCUGCCAGAAAGCUAUGAGGAAUUUAAAAAGAAUAUUCACCACCUGUUUCCUGUCCUCAUAGACACCAAGACUGUAACAAAAUCCAUCUGGAAGAACUACCAGUUUCCUCGAGUAUCUAAUCUUCUGGAGGUGUAUGAGGUUUUGUGCAGCAGCGACCUAAAUCCCGUGGAUCCAACGUGUCCAGUGAUUGCUUUUGCAAGUGACUCUGCACGAUACGCUGAGAAGGCGGCUCCUCACGAGGCAGCGUAUGAUGCAUUUCUCUGUGGCUCAGGUAAAAUGCUUCUUCAACCCUUCUUGAAAAUCUUCCUUCAAAAGUGUCAAUUCCUUUCCUUUCCUGCUCUGUGGCUCUGUUGUUUAUUUAAUGUCCUUCUGAAGUCAGCUCAUUUGCUGCUGUGCGAAUUAACAGACGAUGCAGCGACGGCCAACCCUUCUUUCUCUCAGUAUCUCACCAUGUUAGCAGAGUAUUUCAACAAGGUGAAUUUCAUCCGAGGUGGCGUCUCGAGCAUUGUGCGUAUGAAUUGCAGAAUUUUUCUGGGGAGGAUGCUUCCUGCCGAUACCCCCCUCCCUUGGUUGUCUGUGUUCGAGGUUGGCCACGGCUGGAUGAAAGGCAGAUCUACCAGGAGCUACAGCCUCUUUGUCGCUUUGAUAUUAGGCGGCUCUCAGAGAACCAAUUCAUUUUGCUCUCCAAUAGAUUUAAGCAUGUCAUUCGUGUUCUGCAUGAUUACAAAGAUCACCCUAAGCUGCAGAUCUCUGUCUAUCGCCACUGGAGGCACUCUCCGCAUGUGAACUGCUUGUUAAAAGUCUCUGGUAUUGUGGCGCUUUGGUCUCUGUUGGCCUUUGUGCUCGGAGGAGCUCCUUCCUGUUCGCCAUAAAGGACUCUCUCAGAUGAGCCCUGAGGAACAGAUUCCUUUUUUUUUGAAUGUUUGUUUGUUUUGUUGUUUCAUUUUCAUUUCAUUCAAUAAAGCACGAGCAAAAAGAAUAGUGUUUUUAAUUGCCUU